AUGCUUCAGAAACAGCUAUCUGUUACACAGAGCUCUCCAAAGAUUGUUGAGACAAAGAUUGUUAAUGUCUCAACAACAAAUUCUUCAACAGAAGGAAACCAAAGGAAGAAAGUAUUCAUGGUGGUUGGAAUCAACACUGCAUUUAGCAGUAGAAAACGGCGUGAUUCGCUUAGAGAAACUUGGAUGCCUCAGGGGGAAAAGCUUGAGAAACUGGAAAAAGAAAAGGGAAUUGUCAUCAAAUUCAUGAUUGGACACAGUGCGGCGGCAGAUAGUGUAUUGGAUAAGGAAAUUGAUGCAGAAGAUGCUCAAUACAAAGAUUUCUUUAGGCUGGAUCAUGUCGAAGGAUAUUACAAACUGUCUGCAAAAACCAAAAUAUUCUUUUCCAGUGCGGUUGCAAAGUGGGAUGCUGAGUAUUAUGUUAAGAUUGAUGAUGAUGUUCAUGUCAACCUUGGUGCGCUUGCUUCCACAUUAGCUAGUCACCGUCAUAAGCCAAGGGUCUACAUUGGAUGUAUGAAAUCGGGGCCUGUUCUUACUAAAAAGACGGCCAAGUAUCGUGAACCAGAGUUUUGGAAAUUUGGAGAGGAAGGUAACAAGUAUUUCCGACAUGCUACGGGACAAAUUUAUGCAAUCUCGAAAGAUCUUGCCACUUACAUAUCUGUCAAUCAGCCUAUUUUGCACAAGUAUGCAAAUGAAGAUGUGACACUCGGGUCAUGGUUCAUCGGUCUUGAGGUUGACCAAAUCGAUGAUCGUAACUUCUGUUGUAGUACGCCUCCAGACUGUGAAAUGAAGGCAGAGGCUGGUGAAAUGUGCGUGGCGUCAUUUGACUGGAAGUGCAGUGGGGUAUGUAGAUCAGUCGAUAGAAUGUGGAUGGUUCAUACUAUGUGUGGCGAAGAUGAAAAAGAUGUGUGGAAUGCAAAGUUAUAA